CUCAGAGAACUUUCCACUGGGCUCUCCCAGGAGACGAAGCUUGGCCCCUGCAGUUCUUCUGAUGAGAAAGUGGGGAAUGUGGAACGGAGAUAUUCGUCUGCUUGAUUCUACAUGACAAGUCCACGAGUGUACCAGAAGAAAUCUCCAAAUCCAAAGAAAAAACUACCUUUCUAGGAAAACCAUGUACCUUCCUUGCUAUGCCCUUCAAUGCUAAUCACUCUCUCCAAAGGAAGCACAUGACUGUGUGUAUCCAGAAGUGGAGUUGAUACCCACUGGGCACCACAAUGCAUCAUCUGUUCAGACUAGUUUUGGGACAAAAGGACCUUUCCCGUGCUGGGGACCUCUUCUCCUUGAAUGACUCGGAGAUUGAAGGAAGCCUGUCAGAAGCUUUGGAACAAAUUAAAAUAAUUAGCUCAUCUUCAGACUAUUCAUCCAAUGGCAAUGACCAAGCCGUGGUCGAGAUCUGUAUCACUCGCAUCACGACAGCCAUCAGGGAGACUAAGUCCAUCGAGAAGCACGGGGAGGCCCUUGUGACCCUCUGGGAAUCCUGCUUGGAGCACAAUCUCAGACCGUCAGGAAAAGAUGAGGACACACCCCAUGCAAAAAUUGCUUCCGAUAUCAUGAGUUGUAUUUUGCAGAAUUACAAUCGACCUCCCGUGAUGGCAUUAGCUGUGCCAGUGGCUGUAAGAUUCCUCCAGCGGGGAAACAAGGAGCUCAGCAGAAAUAUGUCAAGUUACCUUUCCCUGGCUGCCAUCACCAAUCCCGAUCUGCUGGCAGAGUACACCGAUGCAAUAGUCAAGAGCAUCCUGCAAGGCAACUCCAUGUUGUUGUGUGUGUUGUCUUCUGUGUAUGAAAAACAACCCCAGCCAAUUAACAGUCAUGUGACAGAGCUGGUGAGCCUGAUGUGUCAGCUGGAGCCAACAGAACAACACCAUCUUCUCAGACUAUUGCAAAUAGUCGCAAGGACGAAACAGCCCAUGGUGCUUCAGGAAUGUAUCCCUCUCUUGAUUGGACAAUUAAAGAAUCCUACUCACAGUGACAUUAUCCUAAAUAUACUCAUAGAAAUAUCCAGUUAUGAACCAGCAGCCUUGAGCCAUUUUCUUCCGACACUGAAGGAGAUUGGCACGAGCUUUCCCAGCCUGAUUGGAAAAAUGGCAAGAAUCUAUGGAGCUGUUGGGCAUGUGAAUGAAGAGAGUGCGAGGACCUGCCUGACUUACUUGGUGGACCAGCUAGCCAACAUGGAGCAUUCCUUUCACCACCUUCUCUUGUUGGAGAUUAAGAAUCUCACAGACACCUUCUCUACCAUCCUGGGGACUCAAAGCAGAGAUAUCUACCGGAUGAGUAACAGUUUCACUGCCAUUGCCAAGCUUCUCAUUCGACACCUGGACAGCAGCAAUACCCAAAAAAGGAGGAUGGAGAGUGAGCCUGAAAAGGAACCUUCAGAACCAUUGGGAGAUCUCAAAUCUGCUACAACUAAUGGAAAUGAAGAGGAUGAAAAACUACAAGUUAAGAUCCAGGCUUUUGAAGAAAAAAUAAAUGGAGAGAACAGUCCUCCUGGUUCUGUUCGAAGAUAUAGUCUAAGCCAGGUUUCAAAGGAAGAAAGAAAAGAUAGAAGAUUUAACAAGUCAAAAAGUUUAGCUUUGCAUGCAGUCCACCUAAACCAUACAAAUUCAGAUGAUGAGCGAGAUGUUGAGAAUGGAGAUGUUAUGGCCAGCAUCUCUUUUUCAGAAAUAGAUGUGCUUAGCCAAGAAAAUUACAAGUCACCCUUUAAGGCAGAUACUGAAGAAUCACAGCUGGAAAUGUCUUCAAUUUCACACCCAAGUGGUAAAUGGACAGAAUCCGAGAACUUACCAGAAACAGUUAAAGAGAAUGGCCAUGAAGAAACAACAGAGACUACACAAAGUCAUGUGGAAUACCAGGAUAAGCUCUAUUUGCACUUAAAGGAAAAUCUCAGCAAAGUGAAAGCAUAUGUAAUGGAAAUUGGGAGGAGCAUUCCAGUCCCAGAUCAGUGCACCAUUGAAGAUACGGUUAGAAGUUGUGUAGCAAAGCUGUCCUUCAGCUGCACCUUGAAGGGUCAUUACUGCCUGUACAGUAAGUCCAGUUUUACCCUCAUCAGCCGCCAUCCUCAGCUAUGGAUUCAUAUCAUGUUUCUGUUUCAGCAGGGCUCAUUUCUGGAGCCGUUGUCCAUGGAAAGCCUAUCAGUGCAAGCUCUCAGAUCCUUGUGGGAGAAGACGCAGAUAAAAGGAACUCAUAGUUUUGAAACUGCAAUGAUACAAUCUACAUUUCCCCAUAAGAAGGACCUGGACCAGGUGCAGCAACAUCUGGAGGAAGUGAGAUUCUUUGAUUUGUUUGGCUUUAGUGAAGAAGCAGGAGCAUGGCAGUGCUUCAUGUGCAAUAAUCCAGAAAAGGCGACAGUUGUAAAUCAAGAUGGCCAACCACUCAUGGAAGGAAAACUAAAAGAGAAACAAGUAAGAUGGAAGUUCAUUAAAAGGUGGAAGACUCGUUAUUUUACCCUGGCCGGCAAUCAGCUUCUGUUUAGGAAAGGGAAGUCUAAAGAUGAUUCGGACGACUGCCCCAUCGAACUGAGCAAAGUGCAGAGUGUCAAAAUCGUGGCCAAGAAACGCAGGGACCGGACUCUUCCCCGGGCCUUUGAAAUUUUUACUGACAACAAGACCUAUGUCUUCAAGGCCAAAGAUGAAAAAAAUGCAGAAGAGUGGCUUCAGUGCAUUAACGUGGCAGUGGCUCAAGCCAAAGAAAGGGAGAGCAGAGAAGCCACCACCUACCUGUAGCCAACACUGCAUGGGAUAGCUCACCAUGUCUUCUGCCAAACAACCUGAAAGGGACAGACUCACCCAUCCUUGUAGCUCACUGCUAAAUACUGGAGGGGUCAUUGUUUAUAAGAAGCGGGUCCCCAAACAAAUGGGCUAGAACCUUUGAACAAGGCUGUUUAGUGGC